CGAGUGCAAUGACUUCAUCUACCAUACAGAAAUGAGGUGAUUGAGUCGAGGAAGAGUGCUCCAGCGUUUCGUUGCUUUGAAAGAGGAGGUAGCAAAAUUCCUAGAAAAUGGGCCAAUAAAAUUCCCAGAGCUUGAAAAUGAGUCCUGGAAUCAAGAUCUCUUUUUCUUUUGUGAUAUUACAGCACACCUGAAUGAUCUCAACAUUCAACUUCAGGGAAAAAAUCAACUUAUAUUUCAAAUGUGUGCAGCAGUGAAAGCUUUCAAAAUGAAAUUGAAACUUUUCAGAAGUCAGCUGUCAAAAGGUGAAAUGUGUCACUUUCCCACUUGUGCACAGUGUAUCCCUCAGCACAAACACGCCGAGUUAGGAGAAAAAUACGCAAAGCACAUCAUUCUUUUGACUGAAGAAUUUGACAGAAGACUUACUUUGUCUAAAGAAGAAGACGUCCAGUUGAAGCUGAUUGAAGAUCCCUUUUCUGUGGAUCCGGAGGAAGUGCCACUAGAUUUGCAGUUGGAGGUUAUUGAACUUCAGUGUUCGGCAGUUUACCGAAAUAAGCACAGAGAAAGCAGCUUGCAGGACUUCUACAAAAGUCUGGACAAUGAAGUUGCACUGAAAACGUUCAGCAUUUUUGGACGCACUUACAUAUGUGAACAAACAUUUUCCAUCAUGAACAUGAAUAAAAACAAGCAACGUUCUUCUCUGACUGACGACCAUUUGGAAGAUAUUAUGAAAAUAUCCACUUCAAAUAUGACCCCCGAAUGCGACAAGCUUGUUGCCGAAAAGAGAUGUAAUAUUUCUCAUUAAAUUUGCAAGGUAAUUAUGAAAAGUACAAAUGUUUUCUUUCAA